AUGCCACCUGUCCCCACGUUGUCCCCGCAGACGGUGGCCCUGGACGGGACCCUGUUCCAGAAAUCCGGUGUCAUCUCCGGUGGCGCCAGCGACCUCAAGGCCAAGGCCCGGCGCUGGGACGAGAAGGCCGUGGACAAGCUCAAGGACAAGAAGGAGCGGCUCACCGAGGAGCUCAAGGAGAAGUCCAAGCUGGAGAGCGAGCUGGCCAACUUCGGCCCCCGCAUCAACGACAUCAAGAGGAUCAUCCAGGGCCGCGAGCGGGAGAUGAAGGACCUCAAGGAGAAGAUGAACCAGGUGGAGGACGAGGUUUUCGAGGAAUUCUGCCGGGAAAUCGGCGUGCGGAACAUCCGCGAGUUCGAGGAGGAGAAGGUCAAGAGGCAGAACGAGAUCGCCAAGAAGCGGCUGGAGUUCGAGAACCAGAAGACCCGCCUGGGCAUCCAGCUGGACUUCGAGCGCAACCAGCUCCGCGAGGAGCAGGAGAAGGUCCUCAUGUGGGAGCAGGGCGUGCGCAAGGACGAGGCCGAGAUCGAGAAGCUCAAGAAGGAGGAGCAGCGGCACAUGAAGAUCAUCGACGAGACCAUGGCGCAGCUGCAGGACCUCAAGAACCAGCACCUGGCCAAGAAGUCCGAGGUCAACGACAAGAACCACGAGAUGGACGAGAUCCGCAAGAAGCUGGGCGGGGCCAACAAGGAGAUGACGCACCUGCAGAAGGAGGUGACGGCCAUCGAGACGAAGCUGGAGCAGAAGCGCAGCGACCGCCACAACCUGCUGCAGGCCUGCAAGAUGCAGGACAUCAAACUGCCCCUGGCCAAGGGCACCAUGGACGACAUCAGCCAGGAGGAGGUGGGUGACACCGGGGACACGGGGACACUGCGCAGGGUGGCACCGCGUCACAGGAGGUGGGUGACACCAGGGGACGUGGUGACACCACGGCCGUGUCCCCACCGCGUCCCCGCGCGCGGCGGACCACAUCUCAGGAGGUGGGUGACACGGGGGGGACAUGGGGACACUGCACAGGAUGGCACUGAGUGCGUCGCAGGAGGUGGGUGA